GUCUUCUUUAAAGCAUUAACAUAAGCUGGCUGGGUUCCUUCUGGGAGUGAAGGAAUCCCAGGCCAUGCUCCUGCAACCUGUCCAUUGACCUCACUGGGGAGAGACACGUGCAAGGACUGCGUGAUCCAGCCCAUAACAGGACUGGAGCUGCAGAUGAGGACAACGGAGUUCUUGAUAUUGAAGCCGGAUCCUCCCUGCUGUUGAGCAACUGCAACUCCCGGCACUGAGAAGCAAAGGAGCUCCAGGAUUGAGUCCACUGCUUCCCACAGACAAAGGCUUGUAUCAGAUGCACCUGUGUGGGCGUCGUUCUCCACUGGGCAUUGGGAUGGCAGCCAGGCCUGCCGGAAUCCCUGUGCCGUGCUUGAGAUGGUGACCGCGUCACUCGCCCCAUGUCCUGAGUGCCAAGGCCAAGCUUUUACCCUCUGCUCCCCUUUCUUCCUGGCACCCUGCUGAUCUGACCACUCUGUUCUUCUUCUGUGACCUCUUCCCAGGUCCUGGUCUUAAGGGGAUGCCGUCGGGUUGUGUUGUUUUUUAAAAAAAAAAAAAAAAAAUCAAAGGCCUGUUAAAAGCAGGCCAGGGCUGGCAUGAUCCAGUGCCAGCACCCAUGAAGAGAAGGCCACGCAACAGGGAGACUCCCACGUGUGGCUGGAGGGAAGUGCCCGGUGUGCUAAUGUUGCCUCAAGCAGGUUACCUGUGUUUGUUUUGUUCCCCCCUGUCUAUUUAAAAACUGCUCUUGAAUUGCCAAGACCAUCUGUCAUCAAUGAUGCCAGUGAAAACGUGGCUUGUGAUUUAACUCUCUAAUCUGAAGAUUGGGGCGGGGUUUCCGUUCCUCCCACUCUUGCUCACUCUUCACUUGUGGACUGGAAUUGAAAGGGCUUAAGGAAAUACUUCACCAUGUCCCUGGUUCCCCCUGUGGGCCUGUAGAGAGGUGACCUGCUUCCCCCUCGCAGGUGUCUACGAUCGAGGCUACAAAUUCUCUGGCCCGAGGGUUGUGUUCUGCACUGUCUUUUAUUCUGAAUUUGGCCUGGGGGUGGCUGUACAACUAGAAGGAGCGGUUCCUGGCCCCGGAGAGCUGAUCCUGAGAAGGGUCGACCACCUACGACUUCUCUUUGUUGGCACCUCUCAGAAUUGGGCCCUGAGUCAGACAAGGUAAUGGUUUAAAUGCAAGGCCACGUGGUGACCUGACAGCGGGUGCCUGAGGGCCGCAGUGUGGCCAUGCGAGGAAAGGGAGGCGGCGUGACACUACACCAUUCAGCCUGGAGCAGGGCACUGAAUGUCACCACUCCUUUCCCCUGCAUCUUGUGGACUCAGCCCCACUGCUCUGCGGGGGGGUGUACGGGGACAGCCUGCUUCCCACUCGGGCUGCGUGUCUGACCAGAAAGUCUCCCUGGGCUGCUGUAGGCUUGUUCUAUCCCCAGACUGCUUAAACUCCUGCCAUCCAGCAACAGGCUACCACCGGCCCCAGAUGGAACAUGACCCUGCAGAAACUUCUGCUUACUGCCAGAGUAAGUAUCCCCGCUAUUUAUAGCACGGCCUGGCUUUCUCUUCUGAAUCAACAAGGGGAGGGGUUUUCUGCUCAUACCCAUAUUCGCAAGCCUGAGGGAGGUGGCAGGGGGCACUAAUCUGCCCGUCCCAGAGGCAAGGAGGCUGCCCUGGCUAAGCCCCGUCCCGCGGAGCCAAGAGAAUGUCUAGGGAGACCUUCGCGUUCACUUCCUCCACCCUGCGCGCCCUGCGCCUGCAGAGAGAGUGGCUGGAGUGGGAGGAUCGUCGGAGGGCUCUCUCGAGACAAUGCCUGACCAGGAGGUUCCCACCGGCCACCAGCAGCUCUCUGCUCACCAAGCCCGCCCGGCGUCCCCAAUACUGCCGGGACCCUGCUGUCCACAACAUCCUGUACACCGGGGACCUGCAGACCAUCAAGAGCAUCUUCAAAGACGAGGCUGUCGCGAAUGUGAUCGUGGAGACGGUCAGCGAGGAGCUGAUGUGGGCGGCAGAGCUGGGGUUGUGGGUGCUGAGCCCUCAGAAGAAGCACACCUCCCCCUUGCGGAUCGCGGCGGCCAGAGGCUAUCGGGACUGCGUGAAGCACCUGAUUCUGCAAGGGGCAGAGGUCGACGCCGUGGUGGGCGGGAAGGCCGCCCUCCAUGACAGCUGCAUCCACCAACGGGCUGAAUGUGCCCAGCUGCUCCUGAGCUACGGUGCCAACGCCAACGUGCUGUCGGAGGAGGGGCUGGCCCCGCUGCAUCUCUGCACCUCCCCGGAGACCUUGCGGUGCGCCGAGCUGCUUCUGGAGCACGGGGCCCUGGUGAACCUGAGCACCAGGGACCGGCGGACCACCCCGCUGCACGUGGCCGCCGAGCACGGCCUGGAGGCCCACCUGCAGCUCUACCUGUGCUACGGGGCCGCCCUUGCCCACCGGAACCGGGAAGGGGAGACGGCCCUCAAUGCCGCCUGCGCCAGCGCCGACAAGCCCGCCGAGGCCGAGCGCUACUACGGGGUGGCCAAGCGGCUGCUGGAGUGCGGGGCCGACGCCAGGACGGCCGGCAGGAAGAACCACGCCCCGCUCCACAACGCCUGCGGCAACUGCCACCCCCGCCUGGUGGAGCUGCUGCUCCAGCACGGGGCUGCCGUGAACGUCCGCAACUGUGCCGGCUACACGCCCAUGGACUGCGCCCUGCGGGCAGUGGAGGAGUACCUGGACGGGCAGCCCGAAAGCAUCAUCGCCACCUUACUGGCUCACGGGGCGGCGGCCAUCAACCCCAAGAUGCUGAAGUUCUGCUCCUUGGCCCCUCGUGCCCUGGAAGUCGUGCUGAACUCCUACGACCGGAUCCCGUCCUGCGAUUCCUGGGUGGAAGUGGUGCCUCCGGAAUUGUGGCAGGAGCACAAGACGUUUUACGACUCUGCUCUCCAGAUGACGAACCAGCCCCGCCAGCUGCAGCACCUGGCGCGCUGCGCCGUGCGAAAGCACCUGGGAGCGCGGUGCCAUUCUGCCAUCCCCAAACUCAAACUGCCCCCGUCUCUGCGGGAUUAUCUGCAGCUCCCUCUUGAGGGCUACAUCCGGUGAAAGAGAAGAUGCAUCCUUCGGGCGUGAUCUUUGGGGAAUAGCUUUGAAUUGCUGACGAGUGACUAGAGAGAGCCAGUGGGCUUCAACACAGACUGAGAUCCCAACGCGCCAGGGGCCGUGUUCUGUCAGUUGACUCAUGCCGAGUAGUAGCCCCGUGGGCUAUUUAUAGAGUAAGCUGCUGAUCAGCAUGAGUGAGGUUGGCAGAAUCUAGCCUUUUUCUGAAUAUACUUUUAUAACAGGGUUUGGCUGGUGCUAGCACCAGUUUCCACCCUGCUCUACUGCAUAUAAUAUGAGGACAAAGGACGGUCAAUGAAAUUCAAAAGCGGCAUACUUAAACCUGACACAGCAGAAUAUUCUUCCCCAUGCAGUACCCAGUUAGUCAGUGGAACUCACUGCCACAAGAGAUCAUUGAAGCCAAGAGCUGAGCAGGACUCAAAGGAAGGACUGGACAUUUCACUAGAGAACGAGGAAAUGCUGAGGUAGAAUAGCAAAGCCUUCUAAAAUACAAGAGUCUCUAUAUAUUUAAACCCUUUCUGCUUCAGGCCACAAGCCAAAUGCUGACUAAGGGGGUCAGAAAGAACGUCUCACUCUGAGGGGAACGGGGAAUGUUUCGUCCUUGUCCCCGGGGCAGGUUCUCCCACAGCAGCCUUCUGCUGGGUUUUCUGCACCUUCCUCUGAAGCAGCUGAUACUGCCCCCUGCUGGACACAGGACACUAGGCUGGAUGAUCACUGGUCUGAUUGAUGUCCCUGUGGGUUUUUUGUUUUUAAACCCUUCUUUCUAAAUAGCAAGAACUGGGGUCAGAAACUCUAGUCUUGAGGAUGCCAGUACCCUCUGUGGACCCAAAACGAUGCCCUGGUUACAAACGGGCCAGCAGCUGAAAAGCACAAAACAUGAACGCAGAUGGAAUCUGCUGCCAGGUUUUGCAAAGCCUGUGGCUGAGGCCUGAUGCCUGUUGUGUGUAUCCCUUCCAAACUGGAGCACUCUUAAAUUCAGGAGUGUGGUGUAAAGACCUAAAUGGACAGAGCCCUAGGGACUACCAGCCCAGAAGCCCAUCUUGUCCUGCGUCCAAGAAUGGCCCGUUCCAGCUCAUUCCGGAAGAGGGGUCAAGGAUACCCCCAGUGACCAAUAAUGGAAUAAUCUCCCCAUAGGGGAAGUUUCCUCCUGACCCCUCUGUUGGUUUGUUCCUUGAAGCAGGAGUGUUUUUAAAAAUACCCAGCUCUCCAUCUGUAAAUCUCAAAGCAGUUAAAGGCAGGUCUGCUUCAUUCCCCAGCUGUAAAGGGGGUAAACUGAGGCAUGGGGCAGUAGAAGUGACUUGCCCAAGGUCACCCAGCAGGCCAGUGGUAGAGCUGAGAAUCGAUCCCUGCUCUCCAGUCCACUGCUCUAGCCACUAGAACACAUUGUAGCCCUUCCAAGGGAUUUUAAAAACAACCUUCUGAUGUUAUUAUCCAGUCUUUUUUGACUUGAAUCCUGAUUAUGUAUUUUAAUCUCAUGAGCUCAAAACCUGCCUGCAGUCUGCACUUUAGGGACAGCUUGCGUUAGUUUCCCCAUGUAAAAUAAAAAGCUACAGCAAAUAUACUUGAAAACAAACUUGUUUUGAAUCUUUUCCUGCAUUGCUGUGGGGUAGGCCUGGGUCUGUGGCUCCUUGCUAAUAAGAAUACCCUUAGCCGUUCCUCGGGUGUCCGUAUAGGCGCUCUCCUCUCUGGCGUCGAUGCGGGUAUCAUCAACUGUUGCAUCUCGAGAAGGAAAAUCAUGAGAGGUGGGCAGUAGAAGCCACUAGAUGCAGAGACAGGAUUGCCUUUCAAGGAGAGGCUGCAUAAGCUGGAAGUGUUUCACCUUGCACUGAAGAAAGUCGGAGGGCAGCCGCUGGAGAUCGUUACAGGUCCCAAAGCGAAAGCGCUGUUACUAAUGACCCCUGUGGGCCAUCUCCAAGCCCUUUACAAAUGUGGGAAAGCAGGACCUCAUUUUACAGCUGGGGAAAUAUUAGUGAUUUAGCCAAGCACAUCAAUGGGACAAUUGGGAAUAGAAGCCAGGAUUGCUCUGCUUUCCUUUUUAAAAGGGUAUGAGUGUUUUGCCCUUUAAACACCACCAACAGCCUGUAUGGGCCUUAAAAACCAAACCAGCCUAGAACCCCGCUCCAGGGGCAGUUAAAUUUCACUCUUUUUUCUUUCUACCUUGGAAUCCCUGUCCUAGGGCCUGGAGAUGGAGCUGAACAGAUCCUAAACCCCAUGCCCAUGGCAAAACACCCUGUGCACAAAAAUUUGCCCAGAAGAAAUUUUUUGUGCACACGGCCUGCCAAAAAUUAGAGGGAACCUUGGUCAGGGCCCAUUAAGGGGAGAUCUUUGGAGGGGGACACCAGCGUGGAAAAAUCCCUCUUUGGCAGGGCCUGCAGCUUCCUGCAGUGGUGCGAUAUACAGGGGACAAGCAGUGCUCCUGGCAUGGUGAAUUCACAGCUUCAGGCGCUGGUAGAGCCAAGCAGUUGGAGAAGGCAUAGCAAUGCCAUAGAUCAAAUCUCUGCUCCAUUUCCAUGCUAACCAAGCACCUCCCUACGCCCUUAGGAGGCAGGGCUAUGCUCUUAUCCCUGUUCUACAGAGGGGGAACUGAGGCACCGGGGGCCAGCAAGAAAUAGAAGCUAGGGCUCCCAUGUCCUAGAAAAGCACCUUGACUACUGGGCCAUCUGCCCUCUCUCUUAUAACCAAUAAGUUGUCAGAGAGGGGCUUGAAUCCAACCCCCAGCUCCAACCCAGACUAGCACUGAGCCCCAGAGCUUGGAAUACCACAACCCAAUCCCCCAGUCCAAAUACUCCUGGCCUUGGGGGAGUCCAGAUCUGAUCUUCAGGGCUUGGAUUGGAGAGGCAAUAUACAUGAGGAUACCAGCUUGCUGGAGGGGCUCAGAAGACAUCACUCCUAGCAGAGAAUGGCUGGGUUCAGUACAGGAGGCGGGUUAAUUUUUUUCCCCUCUAAGCAUUAGACAGGGGCUGCUGCCAGAAGCAGGAUAACAAACUUCAGACUCUUGUUCCAAGCUGAUAUGAUAGCUUGUACGUUGCAGACGCAACACUGAAUUCUGAGGGUCUGGAUUUUCCCUUAAAACCAAUGCUAUAUAGUUCCCUUUAAAACAUUGUAAUGUAGGAAGUGUUUAUAUAAAAAUGUACCACUGUCCUCUACUGGAUGAAAUCAGACUUGCCAACUGUGUGUCACAGCCUCUCUAGUGCUAGCAGCUAAGGGAGAUUCUCCUUUAGCUCCAGUGGUCAAUGGCUAUGCUUUUGCAGAAUAAGCAUGAGAGUCCUAUUACUAGCAUAGUUAUUGCCAUGACAUGCCCUAUAGUGGAUCUGUUAGUGACUGAGAGAUCUCCAGGUCUAAGUCCACUUUAUCUCAAAUAGCCUCUUCCAUCUUAGUGCAAACCCUCUUGGCAUCUGGUGUUUAAACUAGAUUUGGGGCUAGAAAGCGAGGAGUGCUACUUUCCUAACCUCUGAGAUGCGACAGUAAGAGCACGUGGAUCUUCCUAAUACAACCAUGCCUCCUUUUUUGCAGGCUUUGCCCAGCAGUCAUGGAAAAGUUAAGAUACAUAAACUACCAUCAUAAGGCCUCAGGGUUCACACCUGCUGAGCUGAAUGAAUUGUGCCUGGCUACCUGCAGACUCCAGAAGCCCCAGUUACAUCAGAGGGUUUUCUUGGUCACCAGCAGGGCUAGCAACUUGGUUUUAACAAAUAAAAGCUUAAGAAAACCACACUGGAAAUGCCAGAGUGAGACACCCCCACCCCUCCAGCCUGUCCUGGGCGGUUGGGGGAGUCCUGCACACCAGCAUACAUUUCCAGUUCUCCUUGUCCUGUGUUUAGGAAACCCCUGUGUUUAGCUUUAGCCGCUGCCGUUCAGAAAGGCUGGUGCUGUCUUUAAGGAGAUGGAAUGAAGAAGUGUUUAAGGCCGACACACAGCCGGCCAGAUCCCACCCCUUGAAUUGAAUUCACCAAUCUGACUUGCUGCUCAUGCUGCAUCCUCCCUCCAUCUUCACCUGGAAGGCAGUACCAGCCCCUGAGGCUAGUCUUCUAGAGCCUCCCUCCAGCCCCCUGGACCUUGCAACAGCAGAACAAGCAGGGGUGUGACACAGGCCCCUCGGCUGACUCACACCAGCUGGGGAUCUAGCCCUGAGCGACAGGCUCCUAGCUCAGCCAGGGUUCAUUCUCCCCAUCCUUCUUCUGGGGGUAGGUAAACUGAGUUCCAUCUCCUUUACUGCAUGGGGUCUGUAGGAGAAAACAUCCCCACGGGUGCCCUUUACAGAUCCCAGGGCCCUUUUCAUUCUUAAUAUCACCCUCCCCAUUCUCCUGCUUUCGUAGGUUGCUGUGAGCUGGUUAUCUUCCCCCAGAGGUGGCUGCAUUUCGGUGCUGCCAUCUGUCAACAACUUUGGGAUCCUACCAGCUACUAGACAGCGCAGCUGCAUCCCUCCCUCAAUGCUUUCAAACGCCAAAGAGCUUUUCCUGUCCCUACGCCAAGUCUGGUGGUUUCGCAUUCCUUCUCCUGUCCCAGCGUCUGGGGGAAAGCCUGGUAACUAAGGGGAGAGGGAACUGGGAGAGCAGGGACGUGCCAGUGCGCCAGGAGCGCUGUCUGGAGUCCCAGCUCUCGCAGCAGGACACACCAGCCGCCUGAGUGAGCCACGCAGUCUAUUUAUUGACAACAUCUCAGCUUGAUACUGAGCAGCUCUGGUUUUCGUCACAUCAGCAUCUUCAGGCCUGCAUCAGCCUAAGCACAGCUGCAUCCUUAAUUAUUUAGCGUGGUGACCUACUUCCCACUGCAGGGACAGGCUCCUGGGCGGCCCCCGAUUCCACCAGGCUAGCUUUACAUAGCUACGGCAUGGAGAGGGCUCAGCGGCUGCAUAUCAGCUGCAGAAUAGCUAGGGCCUUUUUUGGGAGGGGGGGGGGUGUUGUACAGCGCCUUGUACAACGGGAUCCUGGUCCACCACUAGGGCUUGUAGGUGCUACUGUCAUACAAAAUUGAGCCCUUAAGCCUGCAUGGGGGAUUAUCCAGGGCUAAAGCGUAUCCUUCCCCUCCCCGUGCGUCACACCUCUCCUCCCCAGAGGGCACUAAACGUCAGCAGCAAGGUCUGUUGGUUCUCUUUCAGCUACUCAGACGGCUACAAUCUUCAGUGGCUCUAUUGCACAGUGCCCCUGUGGGGCAGGACCCCGUGGUCACCCGCUGUACGGGUGGGAACAGACGCCUAGAGAGAUUCCGUGACUUACCCGAGGUCCCACAGAGCAUCCGAA